AUGAAUAUAGAUAAAACAGUGUUAUUAUUAAUUAACUUUGAGUCACUCGUUGCCAAAGACGAACACAUCUGGAUGGUAGAGUUUUACGCACCGUGGUGUGGUCACUGCAAGAGUUUGAAGCCAGAGUACGAGAAGGCCGCCAAGAAUCUCGCUGGUAUCGCCAAGUUGGGUGCCAUCAAUUGCGACGUCGAGAAAGAGUUGUGUGGUGCCUUUGAGAUCAAGGGAUUCCCAACAUUGAAGUUCUUCUCACACAAGCUCGCUGCCAAGGGUAUGAAAACACCGGAGGACUACCAACAGGAGCGUUCUGCCAGCGCCAUCAUCAACUAUAUGACCUCGAAACUUCCAAACUUUGCCAGCAAACUAAAGUCACAAGAAGACUUUAACAAAUUUGUCAGCGCUUCCAAGACUGCCAAAGUAGUGUUGUUCACCGACAAGGCAAAGACAUCGAAUCUCUACAAGGCAUUAUCACUAGAUUUCCAACAUUCAUUACCAUUGUCAGAGUUUAAAGAUGCACCAAAAGAAUUAUUACAAAAGUAUGGAAUUGAUAAAUUACCAGCUUUAGUUGUUUUCAAGGGAGAUAGUGCGGAUGAAGAGUUUGUAAAGUACGAUGGUAAAUUGAACCAUGAAUCACUCUAUAGCUUCUUGGAGCCAUUCGAAGACAAGACAAAGAAACCAAAGGUUGCUCAACCACAAGCGGAACCAGAGAAGAAAGAUAAGAAGAAGGAUAAGAAGAAGAAGGAGGAACAACAACCAGAGAAACCAUUGGAUCACGUUGUAUUCGUAGAGGAUCAAGAAACCUUUGACAAGGUUUGCUCGGUUGGUGUAUGCUCCGUCUCGUUGUUUGACAUGUCCAACGAAGACGAGAAAGAGUCGAACGCUCUCAAGAUGGAGUCACUCCAAAAGAUGGCCAAGAAAUACGUUGGUCGUAUGAAGUUUGUACAGUUGGACGGCAGUCAACAACCACACUUUAUCGAGAAGUUUGAUUUGGCCGGUCUACCAAACAUGUUUGUUGUCAACAUUGUCAAGGGUGGCUAUUCACACUACUUGGGUAACUUCUCGGAGGAGUCACUCGAUGAGUACAUCGGUAAUGUAUUGAUCGGAAAGAAAUCGAUGACCAAGAUCUCAAAGUUGCCACAAGUCGUAUCCACCAAAAAGACAACUACCACCACCACCACCGAAACCAAACCAUCGACUAAAUCAUCCAAAGCCAAGGAUGAACUUUAA